CUUUGCGGGAGAUGACAGUUGGGGCCUGUGCGGGAGCGGGACGAGGCUUCAGCCUGAGGCGGCGGCGGCCGGUGCCCGGCUCCCGGAGCCACUGUAUGGCCACGGGGGCGAUGAGAGGAGGCGCGGCGGGCACUGAGGCGGGAGGCGGAGCGGCGGUUAAAGGCAUACGUGCUGAAUGAUGGCAUAAGUUUGUUUACCAUGACUCCAAGUGGAGGCAUCUGGAACAGAGUGGGCAGCUUUCCCACUAAUGGCCAAGACUAGAGAUCAGCUGGUCUGCUGAAGCCAUGGGGAGUUGCUGGAGCUGUCUGGAUAAAGACACAAUCUCCGAAAACCACCCCACCAAAUUCAAGGUGACCAAUGUGGAUGAUGAUGGUAAUGAGCUGGGCUCUGGGAUCAUGGAACUGACCAGCUCCGAGUUAAUUUUGCACACCAGGAAACGGGAUGCUGUCAGAUGGCCGUACCUCUGCCUGCGGCGCUACGGUUACGACUCCAACCUCUUCUCAUUUGAAAGUGGAAGAAGAUGCCAAACCGGGCAAGGCAUUUUUGCCUUCAAGUGUGCACGUGCGGAGGAGAUCUUCAACCUCCUCCAGGAGAUCAUGCAGUGUAACAGCAUCAAUGUGGUUGAGGAGCCCAUGAUGAUAUCAAGAAACCCUCAUCCGACGGAGAUUGAUUUACCAAGGACGCCACAAACACCGACCACCCCCAGUUUCACCGUGCCCGGUUUUCCUAAUGGAUUCCCUUGUUACCCAUCCAUGGGCGAUGGCUCCUCUCACCCUUCGACUCGACACCCUUCCAUUGGAAGUGCCCGUCUGUCCUCGGUGGGGGAAGAGUCCACCCACCCACUCAUAGGAGGGGAUGACCAGAUUCACACGUACGUGAAUACUUCCAAUGUCGACGAGGAGCGGAAGCAGCGCACCUGCGUCCACGGCCUGUCGGAGCCGCGGCCCUCCGUCUCGGACAUGAUGCAUGGCCACGCCAACCACUGCCCCGCCCUGGAGGAGCGGUCCCCUCAGGUCCUGCUGCAGCCGGGCGAGGUCAAGUUUGUACUGGGACCCACGCCGGUGCAGCGGAGAAUAAUUGAGCUGGAGCGGAUGGACAGGCACAGGGAGCUGGCCGAGUACAGCGCGGCGGUGGCCUACCAGGAGCGAGACCCUUUCCAGGACGGCUGCGACCAGAACGCCAUGUGCUCCUCCAUGAACAAGAUGACUUACGAGAACGUCAACGGUUUGCCCGUGUCGUCCGGGUCGGGGUUGAGGCGAGGCCGUCUCAAGAUGUGCGGGGACGGCCAGAACCACAAUAACUGUGCUCAUAGGAAGACAGCCAUGCUGAACUACGAAAACCUGCCCUCUUUACCUCCCCUGUGGGAAAGCCAGACGCAGAGGCAGGAGGAAGAGGACUGGAGUGACUCUGGAUCCCCCCCACAAAACGGAUAUCACAAUAACCUGGACCCACUGCGGAACUACGUCAACACGGAGAACGUCACCAUUCAGCCCGGCUUACACAAGGUCGACUUCUCCCGGCAGCGGGAAUGCACCCCUAACGUCUUCAGCUUCGACUUUAGAUGCCCGUGCCCCGAGCAGAGACAAUUAAACUACAUCCAGGUGGAGCUGGAGGGUGCCAGUGACUCUGAUGUACCCCAGACCCCCAGAAUGCCCAGCACUCCGGUCCCACCAACUCCCACACGUAGGACUGAGUUUUAUGCUGUUAUAGACAUUAAAAAGACAGCUGCUAUGUCCAGUUUGCAAAAAGCACUACCGAGGGAUGAUGGAACGGCACGCAAGACCAGGCACAACAGCACAGACCUGCCAUUCUCUUCAUUUGUUGGAACCCACUGCUAGCCAUAAUUGCCAUUUAAAAAUGAAUUCACUGAAAAUGUUCCACUUCAGAAGUGUCAAGUGCAGUACAUUAUCCUCUUUCAAGAAAACUUUGCCUUUUUUUUUUAAGGGACAGUCUCUGACCCAGAGGUCAGAGGUUCUCAACUAUUUCAGAAUGGCUUUAAAUUAUUACUACAUUCCUGCAGUGGUCCUCGGAGUUUGAGACUCUUGGUCGAGAAAUGAACAUUUUGAUGGGGCUGCUACUUUCAGAAUUGGGGCCACGUGCUUUUAGUAAAUGUCUAUGCUUUAUGAA